AUAAUAUAGAAAAUUACAUUCAUUAUUGUAAAUUCGCAUAUGUAAGGAUUUAACAGAUUAUGUUUGAUAGAUCAAAAUUGCUAUUAUUGGCUCGAGGUCAUACUAUUUUAGUAUCGUGCUUGCACCAGAUACAAAUGGGUCUAGUAGUUAGUUUACUAUUCAAUAAAGUCUACUUGAAGUACAUUUAUACGAUUUACCAUAACAUUGUUAUUACUAUACACGACUUCACGAUUCUUAGUCUUCCGUCUAUCCGAUUAAUAGAAAUAAAAACUUUUUCGUCGGAUUUUUCGGAGUUUACGAUGGUUUGGAGAAGCAUAUUUUUGUUAUUACUUGCAAUAACUUCAAAUGCCUAUGCUGUUUCAAAUAAUGAAAGUGGGUCGAUUGCGGCAGCAUGCGAGGAAGUAGGUGAUUGCGACGCGCAAAGCGACCAUUGUAAUAACACAAUCGGUUUCUUCUAUAACGACACAACUCAUGAGUGUGUAGUUAAUAUCAAACUAUUACUACAAACUUUGACUGCAAAGUACGAUACUCAAGAUAAAAUCCGACUCGAAGUCCUUAAAGUAUUUCAAGGCGUAAUAGUAUCUGUAAUUCUGUUUGUUACUUGUGCAAGCAUAUGCGUCCUGGGUGCUUGCAUUUACUGUUGUCGCAUGAAUUACACUGACUACCGUUUAAAAAAGGACGUUGAGGCUUUGGCUGCCAAAUUAAAAAGAGAUUGCAAUUUAAAAAGGAAAACAAUUAAAAGACCCACUCAGCCUGUUUCAGAAAGCUGCAAUAUUGUAGUUGAAGGUGCUGGUGUUUAUGUUGUUUAAGUAAAAUAUAUGUGUUUCUUAAAUUGUGAAUUGAAU